AUGAUUAACAAAUUCCCGGCACACUGCGGUAUUUCUUCCGAAGAGUCGCAGCGCUUGGAAGCCGUUUGGGCCAGAGGUUCGAACUUGGGGGCCGCUUCUGCUCAAAAACCAUUCAAGCCUCCACGGCUCUUCCCUGACAUAUCAAGCUCCCUCCUGCAACGUUCAAUGUAUGGGCGUUUCGUGGCUUUCCAGAGCCGGCGCCCCAUUCUUGCCAGCACAGUUACGGGCGGCGCAGUGAUGAGCUUGGGCGAUACGGCCGUGCAGCUGGCUGGGACUGGCACUUGGGACUACCAGCGGAAUGGCGUUGUCAGUGCAUACAACGGAGGAAUGUCACCUUUCUUCUAUUACUGGUGGAAGCACCUGGAUAGAAUUUGGCCUGGAACUGGGGUAGCAGCCGUGGUGCGGAAGACUUUCAUGAACCAAUUAAUGGUGGCACCAUUCAACAGUGCUUUGUUUCUGACUUGGAGCACGGCUCUGGAGUCAUUGAUCAAGGGUGAUUGUGUGGGAGCGGAUGGUAGUGCUUCUGCGCAGAUGAUCUGCGAGAAGGUCGCCGGCAAAGCGAAGGCAGAGGUUCCGAGCCUGGUGAUGUCUUCCUGCUGCUUCUGGCUGCCUGCGAAUGCAGCCAACUUCAUGUUUAUGCCUCUUCACUUGCGAGUCGUCUUCAUGUCGUCCUGCGCGGUUGUUUGGGGAGCCUACAUAACUUACGUGGCGCACCGCUGA